AUGGCUGCUGUCAGUGGACAACGCUUAGCAAAUCUAACAAAGGAGGCGCUCACAAAAAUGCGCACUGAUCAGAGCUUCGACUAUUUCUAUGCUAAUGUUGCCCGCAAGAGUGAAAGCAAAGGAGUUGGCGAACCAACGCUUCCGAGAAAGCGACGAACUCCAGCCAGACUGGAGGUUGGUGCUGGUGCACCAAGCUAUCCCAAAACUGCCAAAGAUUACUUUAGAAGGAUUUAUUAUGAGGCUAUUGAUCUUAUCGUCAGUGCUAUCGAUCAGCGCUUUAAUCAAGAAAGCUUCAGCUCCUACGCCCAGAUGGAGACCCUCUUGGUUAAAGCUGCUAAUGGUGAAGACUAUGAGGCAGAGUUCAAGUUUCUUGAAGCAUCAUACAGCGAAGAUGUUGAUACUGGGGUGCUACCCGGGCAAUUAAGUACGUUGGAAGUUAUGUUAAAGGAGGAGAAGAUAUCAUGUUUUGACGAAAUCCUGUUGGCGGUGUCAAAGUUUCCUGAACCAGAAAAGAAGCUAAUUCAGGAAGUGCAAACUGUCUGUAAGCUGCUUGCUGUAAAUCCUGUUACCAGCGCUGCUGGCGAGCGUUCAUUCUCAUCUGCCCGGCGUCUGAGGACGUGGCUUCGAUCCAGGAUGGGUGACGAAAGGUUUAGCAACCUAGCAAUGUUAAAUGGCCACAAGCGGAGAACAGACAGUGUCUCUUUA